CACGGUUUAUUGGGCUGAAGCGAGGACUCUUAAGAACUUCACACACUUCCUGUUGUGAUAGUCUUCAGGAGCGAAAGCACACUUCCUCUGCGUCAACUUGUGUUUGAUCUGAAGUCAUGACAGUUACACCAGUCCGUGAUCUGAAGAAGAUCUUACCCAGGACAUAUAAUCACAGGAGAGAGGUUCUGUCUGGGAUCUCUACGGUUUUGUCUCAGCAUCAGUACCUUCAGCCAGUGCUGGAGAGAUUUGUCUUUAACGAUGGCACAGCGAGGACCUUGGUCGGUUUGACUGGAACCAUUAAGGUGUUUUAUGAAGGGAAACGCUACAAUAUCCCAGUGAGUCUGUGGCUGAAGGAAAGUUAUCCGCGCACUGCACCCAUCUGCUAUGUGAAACCCACGCCGGAGAUGGUGAUCGUGACCAGCAGACACGUCAGCAGCUAUGGAGAGAUCCUGAUGCCUUACCUGGACGAGUGGAGACAUACGCAGUGUGACCUGCACAGCUUGAUUCAGGUUAUGAAGGCCGUGUUUAGUGAAGUUCCUCCUCUGCGUAUGUGUCUUUACCCAGAAGAAUGUUCUGCUUAUCACAAACGCUCAGUUGAGGAAAUCUCACAUGUGACGCUGGACAGAGAGGACGAGCUUCCUUUCUCCGAACAUAAUGAAACCAUCUGUUAGCUUGCUAGAUGUAUUUGCAAUGUGAGUUUGUACACAUGCGUUCUUGUUAAAGUAGACAUUUGCAUGAAACUGUAAACAUUUGUUUAAUAAUAAUAAUAAGAAUAAGAAUAAUAAUGAAUGUUAAAUUUGAACUGCAUGAAUGUUAAUACUCAAAUUUUAUGUACAUUUUAUGUAAAUAUACAUGUUUAUGAAGCAAGGUUUUCCUAGUGUUUAAUGCUCAGUUUUUU